AUGUCACAAGCAAGCGGACUAGCAAGUUCAGGCACGGGUGAUGCUGACCAGAUGGAGAAAGGUGUGGCGGAUGUAGGUAUCACGAAAGUUCUUAAGCCCGCGUUACUAGACCCAACAACUUUGAAGCCUAUAAAACCAGAGGGUAUGACACAAGAAGAGUUUGAAAAAUCCUAUGAUCUUCCCGACGAAGACACCGCGCGGUUUUCAACGGUGAUUGAUAGCGACGAGCAGUUCAUGCUUUAUCGUCGCUUUGGGCAUCUUCAAGCACGCCUUUUGCUACAUAAGCAGGACGAGUUACGAGCCCAGGAAGACCGACUGUUCAAAUUGGAUGAAAUAUACAAGAGGAACGACCCGGAAAGACAUAGGUCAAGGGCGCAGGACAACGCGAAAAGUUUAGACCAUAAGAACCUCUUGGAUUCCAUUGAGAUAAAGUUUAGAGAAUACGCCCAGCUCUUGACUAUCUCUCGAAAUCUUGCAAUUCUCGACCGACCGACGACCAUGGAUUAUGUUAGGGUCAGGUCUUAUUUCGAUGAACAAUCUCCCCUGUGUACUUCCGAGCAAGCGUAUAUCCUCUGCAAAGAAGACCUUAUCACCCUGAAGCCAAGCAGAGAGAAUACCUGGCUUGAUGGAAUUAUUGAGAAAAUUCCGCAAAAAUUCCCAAGUCGUUUGACUCGGCACAUUUUCUGCCCUCCGGAAUUGAGAGAGAAAACUAAUCCAGAAUCUACGAAUCUUAUCCUUUUUAGCCCUGAGCGUGUCAACAUCGUAGUGUCGGUGAUAAUUCUCAUCACUAUACUAACCCUUCUUGUCAUUCCAGUAUAUAUAUUAUGGUAUUUGAGUAAUGUCCCCAGCUCGAAGUCAUCCAUAGGGAUUCUUAUCGGUAUACUACUGAUAUUUACACUAUCAUUCUCGGCAGUUCUGUCACUCUUCACGAGAGCCAAGCGCCAUGAGGUUCUUGCCGCGGCAGCUGCCUACUGUGCUGUGCUGGUCGUAUUCGUUGGCAAUGUUGGAAAUCUGUCGCCCAGUUAA